AUGGAACACGCUAUCCUGAUUAGUAUUCUUGGAAAAUUAACUCCAAUUUUAGAAGAACACAACAUGCUUAUAAAUGUUACUAUUGAUGGUGAUAUGGAUUCUAACAAAACCUUAGGAAAUGUUGCGGUUGUCAACCAAAUUUUUGCUGAUUUUAAGCAUGUUACUAAAAUAUUUGCAAAAACUUAUGUUAACUGUAUAUAUGCUACAGGUAUUCAAAAAAGUGAGAAAGAAAAUUGUUCUAUACAGGAAAAAGAUAUUCGUAAUGUACAGAUAGAAGGUCUUUUUCAACAUCUUUGUGGUAAUCAUAAAUUGUGUUGGCCGGAAGUCUGUUGGAUAAAGAAUAAUCCUGAGCUGCAACUUUCAGAGCCUACUCUCAAAUUCUAUACUCCUUAUCAACGUGAAAAAUUCAAAUCCAUGUUAGAGACAAUUUUUCGUCUUCCUAUCAAUCAAGGUAUUGUCAUAAAAACUCACACAUCACAAAAUAAAGCAUUUAACUGA